CACUUCCUGUUCUGAUCUGCCUGUGUGUUCUUCUGCUCUGUAAGCUGGCCUGUAUCGUAACAUACGUAACUUACUUUUCUGAACGUCGUGUGCGUCUUGUUUGGGUUUGUGCGAAAGGGCCUUUGUCGGGCCGUCAACAAUGGCGGACAUUAAGAACUUCCUGUAUGCUUGGUGUGGAAAAAAGAAGCUAACGCCGAACUAUGACAUCCGAGCAGCUGGAAAUAAAAACAGACAGAAAUUCUUGUGUGAGGUGCGUAUUGAGGGUUACAGUUACAUUGCCAUGGGAAAUUCUACCAACAAGAAGGACGCUCAGUCCAAUGCAGCCCGAGAUUUUGUGAAUUAUCUUGUUCGGACGAAAGAAAUUAGUCCUAGUGAAGUUCCUGCUCUAGGGGUCAGCGUACCUGAUGGAGGGAAUGAAGAAGGUGGUGGGUUUGGAAAUCUCCCAUCCAACUGUCCACUACCUCCACAUCUGGCUGUGAAGAAGGAAUCGGGGGGAGAACCUUCUGAGAGUUCUGCACCCGUUCCUGGAGUCACAGGUUUGGGCUAUUCUGGAUUUGGUAACGCCCAAUGGGAGCGAGGAGCCAACAUCCAGGAAUAUUACUCUAAGAGAGAGGAUCAGGAUGCAAAAGCAACCUUGGAAUCAGAGGAAGUUGAUCUAAAUGCUGGCCUGCAUGGGAACUGGACUCUGGACAAUGCAAAGGCCCGUCUGAACCAGUUCUUUCAGAAGGAGAAGAACCAAACCGACUACAAGUACAGCCAAGUCGGGCCUGACCACAACAGGAGUUUUAUUGCUGAGAUGACAAUCUUUGUAAGACAACUGGGUAGGAAGGUUUUUGCCCGUGAGCAUGGCUCUACAAAGAAGCUGGCUGCCCAGUCUUGUGCGCUGUCAAUUGUCCGUCAGCUUUACCAUUUGGGGGUCGUAGAAGCCUACACGGGACAGACCAAGAAGAAAGAAGGAGAGACUGUGGAUGUAUAUGAAGUGAAUCUCAGUGAUGAUGUACAGCAUCAAAUACACAGUAUUGUGCAGGAACUUGGCAUCAAGAUCCCUCCUCCUCCUCAGGACCCCAACAGUCCAGUAUCUCUGGUGCAAGGGAAGAUGGCUCAGUUUGAGCCCUCACAAAGGCAGAGCACAGCAGGAGUGGUGCCAUGGUCUCCUCCGCAGGUCAACUGGAACCCAUGGACCAGCUCCAACAUCGACGAAGGGCCGCUGGCAUUUUGUACUCCAGAACAGAUCAGCACAGACCUGCUGCAUGAGCUCAACUACCAGCUAGAACAGGACAAAAAUCUGCAGACGAUUCUCAUGGAGCGAAGUCAGCUGCCAGUCAAAAACUUUGAGGAGCAAAUCAUGUACGCCAUUCACAAUAACCCAGUGGUCAUCAUUCGUGGAGCCACUGGCUGUGGAAAGACUACUCAGGUUCCUCAGUACAUCUUGGAUGAGUUCGUACAGGCAGGAAAGGCAUCUGAAUGCAAUAUCAUUGUUACACAGCCAAGACGGAUCAGUGCUGUGUCAGUGUCUGAACGUGUAUCAUUCGAGAGAGGAGAGGAGGUGGGGAAAAGUUGUGGCUACAGUGUGCGUUUUGAGUCUGUCCUGCCCAGACCUCAUGCCAGCAUCCUCUUCUGCACAGUUGGGGUGUUGCUGAGGAAGCUGGAAGCUGGUGUCCGUGGCAUCAGUCAUGUGAUUGUGGAUGAAAUCCAUGAGAGGGACUUAAAUUCUGAUUUCCUGUUGGUAGUGUUGAGAGAUGUGGUCCGGGCUUACCCUGAUGUGCGCAUCAUCCUCAUGUCUGCCACCAUUGACACAACCAUGUUUAGGGAGUACUUUUUUAACUGUCCUAUCAUCGAGGUGCAUGGACGUGCACAUCCUGUACAAGAGUAUUUCUUAGAAGACUGCAUUCAGAUGACUCAGUUCGUACCACCACCAAUGGACCGGAAGAAAAAAGAUAAAGAUGAAGAUGGUGGAGAGGAAGAUGUGAACUGUAAUGUCAUCUGUGGAUCUGAGUAUACUCCUGAAACCAAGCGUGCCAUGUCUCAGUUGAAUGAGAAGGAAACUCCGUUCGAGCUGAUCGAGGCUUUGCUGAAGUACAUUGAAACGCUAGAAGUACCAGGGGCUGUGCUAGUCUUCCUUCCAGGCUGGAACCUCAUCUAUUCCAUGCAGAAACACCUGGAGAUGAACCCUCACUUCGGUGGUCAUCGAUACCGAAUCCUGCCGCUUCACUCUCAGAUCCCCAGGGAAGAACAGAGACGAGUGUUUGAGCCCACUCCUGAGGGUGUGACAAAGGUCAUUUUGUCCACCAACAUCGCUGAGACCAGCAUUACCAUCAAUGAUGUGGUCUUUGUCUUAGACUCCUGCAAGCAGAAAGUGAAGUUGUUCACUUCUCACAACAACAUGACAAACUAUGCCACAGUGUGGGCCUCCAAGACCAACCUUGAGCAGAGGAAGGGACGAGCUGGCAGAGUCAAACCAGGCUUCUGCUUUUACCUCUGCAGCAGAGCUCGUUUUGAAAAACUGGAGACCCAUAUGACUCCUGAAAUCUUCCGCACACCACUGCAUGAGGUGGCCCUCAGCAUUAAGCUACUGAGACUGGGUCCCAUCGGGAAUUUCUUGUCCAAAGCCAUUGAGCCGCCUCCGUUGGAUGCCGUUAUUGAAGCUGAACAUACACUGAGAGAGCUGGAUGCUCUAGACUGUAAUGAUGAGCUGACUCCACUGGGACGCAUUCUGGCCAAACUGCCCAUCGAACCACGUCUGGGAAAGAUGAUGAUCAUGGGAUGCAUCUUUAAUGUUGGAGAUGCCGUGUGCACUAUCUCAGCAGCGACCUGUUUCCCCGAGCCCUUUAUCAACGAAGGCAAACGCCUCGGUUUUGUUCAUAGGAACUUUGCAGGCUCACGUUUCUCAGAUCACGUGGCCUUACUCUCUGUCUUCCAGGCCUGGGAUGAAGUCCGGAUGGGAGGUGAGGAUGCAGAGAUCCGGUUUUGUGAGCACAAGAGGCUGAACAUGCCCACUUUGCGAAUGACCUGGGAGGCCAAGGUCCAGCUGAAAGAGAUCCUUGUCAACGUCGGCUUCCCUGAAGAGUGCCUCCUGAAUCAGAUGUUUAACACUGUGGGACCAGACAAUAACUUGGAUGUGGUGAUCUCUCUGCUGACGUUUGGCUCUUACCCCAAUGUGUGUUACCACAAAGAGAAAAGGAAGAUCCUGACCACAGAGGGGCGAAAUGCUCUCAUUCACAAGUCCUCAGUCAACUGUCCUUUCAGCAACCAUGAUAUGGUGUAUCCAUCUCCCUUUUUCGUCUUUGGGGAAAAGAUCCGAACUCGAGCCAUUUCUGCCAAAGGAAUGACUCUUGUCAGUCCUCUUCAGCUUAUUCUGUUCGGCACAAAGAAGGUCACCUCCAGUGGAGAAGUUGUUGAGCUUGAUGACUGGAUCAAAUUGAAGAUUCCCCAUGAUAUAGCCGGUGGUGUGGCGGCCCUGAGGGCAGCGAUGGAAGCCCUGGUGGUGGAGGUGACCAAAGACCCAGAAUACAUCCGAAAUUUGGAUCCCACCAAUGAGCGCUUGCUGAACGUCAUUCGGCUUGUGUCCAGACCCUCGUCAGCUGGCAUCAACCUCAUGGUCUCCAACCCACGCUUUGGAGAUGGUCCACGUCCACCCAAGAUGCCCCGUACUGACUUUGGAGGGGGUGGAGAGUUUAGGGGCCGUGGAGGAGGAGGAUACAGAGGCGGCGGUGGUGGUGGAUCCUGGUCUGGUGGAGGAUAUAGAGGAGGCGGAGGAUACCAGGGUGGUGGAGGUGGCUUCAGGGGGUCUGGAGGGUAUCGUGGCGGCGGGGGUGGGUACAGGGGGUCUGAUAGAGGUGGCUUCAGGGGGUCUGGUGGGGGUGGAUUCAGAGGGUCUGGUGGAUACAGAGGAGGUGGAGGAGAAGGAAAUGGAGGGAGGGGAUUCAGAGGAGGCUGGGGGGGAAACAGGGGUGGUUAUUAAAACUGAACAUCUGAACAAGGAUGUCUUUGGGAAGAUUUAAAAUAAUGUUUGAGUUUUGUUGUUGCUUUUUGUUAUUCAAUCUUUCCUCUUUUUAUGUAAAAAAGCAUGAAUAAAUUGAAACCAUGACUGUCAGUUAAUAACAGUUAUUAAAAAUAACUAUUCGUGACCAAUAAUGGAUGGCAAAUACAUGUUGUGUUGUAUUCUAAUAAAAUAAUUUCUUUUUUAU